UCCAAGAUGGCGUACCGACAUGUCGUAAAGAAUCCCCGACUUCAAUCGAGAAUAUUUCUUACAAAUUGGUUUAUGAAGAUAGUUCGACCUGGUAGAGACCUGGAUAACAAUGUUGUGCAGUUUCAUAUUCCGCUAGAUAUGUCUAAAAUUGAUGUCAAGAAUUAUUUAAAGAACAUUUACAAUGUUGAUGUWGCAAAAGUUAAUACUAGAAUUCAGGAAGGUAAAACUAAAAAGAUGCAAAAAGGCAGCAAGAUAGUGAAGAAAAAGUACCCUGACUAUAAAGUUGCUUAUGUCACAUUAGCAGAGGGUACUUUUAAAUUUCCUGAUAUGUUUGCAAAGCAGGAAGAGSAAUCAACAAAAGAGACUGCUGAUCAGAAAACCCCUGAUAUUCGUCAAACUGAAAAGUUGCAAUGGUUUUGAUGCAGAAUGUCAUUAAUAUAUUAUUAUUUUACGUCYUGUAAAUAUACUUCAUAUUAAAAUCUAAACUUGAAUAUAAAUCCUGAAUUUU